AUGGCGGAUUCUCCCCGUGAUACCAGCAGCCCCUCGCUGAGACCUUCGGAGCCAUCCAGUCAGUCGUUCAGACCGGAGACGACACUUCCAAACGACCACAGCGCUGCAGCAAGAUCCAGCAGCCCGAGCAUGAUGGGAUCGACAAUGGACAGAGACCUUGAGAAGACCGCCGAAAUCAUGGCCAGUUCUACCUCCAAUCACGAUUUAAGCGUGCAGAGCGAGCCCAAGAUUGAGGAAACCGUUGGUGGCGAUGUCCCAGUGGCUCAAGCCGUUAAUCCAAUGGACCCAUCGCAGUUUCCGGAAGGAGGACUCAAGGCGUGGACGGUGGUCUUUGGGGCUGCAUGUGGCAUCUUUGUCAGUUUCGGCUGGAUCAAUUGCAUCGGUGUCUUUCAGGAAUACUAUGAAGCACACCAGCUCAAGGAAUACUCGUCGCAGGAGAUCGCUUGGAUUCCGUCCCUCGAGGCAUUUAUGAUGUUCGUUGGUGGUCUCUGGGUCGGGAGGGUAUAUGACAACUAUGGCCCUCGCAUUCUCCUUAUCAUCGGCACAUUUCUGCACGUUUUCGGCCUGAUGAUGGCCUCCAUCUCCCACAAAUAUUACCAGUUCUUGCUUUCCCAGGGCGUGUGCUCCGCGUUGGGCGCUUCGAUGAUCUUUUACCCAUCCAUGUCCUGCGUCGUAACAUGGUUCUUCCGGCGUCGAUCCCUCGCAUUGGGCGUUGCGGCUACCGGAUCGAGUAUCGGCGGUGUCAUCUUCCCGGUCAUGGUUGAGAAAUUGAUCCCCGAGGUCGGGUUUGGCUGGACCAUGCGGAUCUGCGCCUUCUUGAUUCUAGGGCUGAUGAUCCUGGGGAAUCUGACUCUCGUCAGCCGCAUUCCACCUAUGGCCAGGCCGGUGAGGCCGAUGGAUUUCGUGAAACCGUUUAUGGAGGGGAAUUUCGCCUUGUUGGCACUGGGGAGUUUCCUCACCUUCUUGGGCCUUUUCCUUCCCUUCACCUUCAUCAUCCUCGCUGCCCGUGCCCACGGCGUCCCGAACUCCCUCGCCAAAUACCUCGUUGCGAUCCUCAACGCCGCCAGCACCUUCGGACGUACAAUUCCUCCGUUCUUCGCCGACCGGAUUGGCCGCUUCACUGUCUUCCUCUCCGUGACCCUCCUCUCGUCCCUCAUCACCCUCUGCCUCUGGGUCCCUGCGUCCGGCACAGCCGCCACCGUCGUCUUCUGUCUCAUUUUUGGGUUCAGCUCCGGGGCAGCGGCCAGUAUCUUGCCCAGCUGCGUGGCGCAGAUCAGCCAUAUCAGCCAGAUCGGCGUGCGGACGGGGUGUCUGUUCAGCGUGGUGGCGGUUGCGGUGCUGAUUGGGUCGCCCAUUGGUGGGCAGCUGAUUACCAACGAUGGAUACAAGAGUAUGCAAGGAUUCAGCGGUGCUUUGAUGACAGGAGGCUUUGUGGUUUAUGGCCUGCUAUGGCUCAAGCUCGGCGGUUUGAAGGGUCAAAAAGUAUAGUUUUUUCACGUGCUUCUGGAAAAAGAGGCAAUAAGCGGCGUUCAAGGGAGAAUAGGAAAGAGAUGUAUUGUUCCUUCUUCCCAAGGAUGUCGUCCAG